AUUGUAUUCUUUAAGGAGCAUGGGAUUAAUCCCACUUUUGAAACGUUUUUAAUUUUUUUAAGUCUGAUGCGUGUUGUUUUUUUGUAAGGAUAAGAAAGCAAUCAAUCUAGAUUACAAACUAAUUAUGCAUAGUUUUCUUGAUCAGUAAUUUUACUUGAUUAUUCGAAUUUAUUUAGAUGUCGAAUAAUACAAGUCUGACAGACGAAGAAGAAAAUGGCGUUCGACUUCAACUCCUGCUUGGUCUUGCUACGUCAACCUUGCAACGGUACUUCCAUAGUUAUUACCCACCCAAUCCUAUCGAACUUUACAGAGCGUUAAAAGCAAUGACCGUCUAUUCCAAAUUAAACAAACUCAGGUCACGAAAGGUGAUAACGUAUCCACAAUGGUGUGUGUUAUUUCCGCAAGCAAAGCAGACGGAUUCCAAACAAUUUGAUAUUACGCUACUGUUUGUGUUGCUCGUGGAAAUUUGUGACAUUAAACCCCCUGAAAAAGGUUGGUAUAACAACCCCCCGUCUACAGACACUUCAGAUGCAGCAUUUAUUGUUCGAGUGAAAAGGAAUCGAGAUGAACUAAAACACUACCCCGGGUUAAACAUUUCAAGCAAUGAAUUCAAUGCUCUUUGGCAAGAACUCAGUGAAGCUUUGUUACAUUUGAAAUGUGCAUCUACCGAUAUUAACGACAUCAAGCGAAAACACCUCGAUAAAAAAUUGUUAAAUAAAUAUCAAACAGCCACCGAUGCUAAUCUGAGGCUUCAAUAUAAUUUACAAAAACUUUUACGCGAAAAACAGAAACUCCAAAAUGCAGUGGAAAACGGCGUUUCAUAUGGCGUGUUACCUAACGUUCCGUCGCACGUUGUUCGCGAGGAGGAUGUUCAGAGUGUGCAUGAAGAAAUGUUGAGAAUGGAUCGUUCAAAAAUUGCAUUUGUCAUCACUGGUCUCGGUGGUGUUGGGAAAACUGAAUUAGCGAGGUAUUACUGUCACGAAUAUGCCGCUACUUGUUACGAGAAUAACGUCAUAUGGAUUAACGCCGAAACGCGAUAUACGCUUCAAUCGUCGAUACAGAGCAUUGCGGAAUGCAUUCAAGCCCCAACAAAAGACUACAACGGAGAAGAGAUUCAAUCUGCUGCGCUCCUUCAUCGAGUCUAUCAGUUUUUUGGUGAGCGAAGCGCUUUGUUUGUGUUUGAUAACGCGAACGAUUACAGUUUUAUGGAGGAGUAUUUCAAGAUUGGUUCGCCGAAUGAUUCCAUAAAGAUCCUGAUCACAUCCCAAUUCACUCACUGGGGUGAACGCUUUGUGAAGUACGCCCUGGAUGUUCUUCCACUUCAUGCAGCUGAAAAGUUCGUAAGUGGUAGACUAUUAGAAGCGCAUGUCCUUACAGAUCAAAAUUGCAAAGAAAUUUGUCAUCUGGUGCAACGUUUGCCACUAGGACUACAACAAUGCGUCUCGUAUAUCGUCAAAAAUAACAUGCGUGUGGAUGCAUACAUCGAGUUGUUUCGUGAGUACAACACAGAGUUGCUUUCCGAACCUGGUGAUGACGUCUGCUAUCAGAAGACUGUUUUAACCACCUGGAAAAUGGCCCUAGAAAAGCUGAAGCAAAACAACACAUCCCUUGCUCUUGACAUUAUCAUUUGCUUGUCUUUUCUUGAUGGGAAAAAUAUCGACCAGCAAUUAGUGAAUCGAGUAUUUAACUCCAAUCUUAUUGCGGUAAACAAGGCAGUACGAGAAUUAUGUUCGUACUCUCUCGUGAAUUCCUAUUGUCAUAAUGGAAGAUCAUUUCUAACAGUACACAGUUUAGUACAAAAGUCGAUUCAGAUUGCAUUUUCAGAAUCCGACCAAUUCGAAAUCGAUUCUUAUUUGUUUCGAUUUUUAGAGUCGAUUUUUAAUCCUGGAAAAGUGAACAUGCAGCAUUUCAACUAUGGCAGCUUGUGGAGACAUCACUUACUGCAUAUUGUGACAAAUUUCAAAAAGAAGACCCAAGUCAUGUGUGAGAUUUUGAAACAUCUUCAAAUCUUGCUUCCGGCAUUCUACAACACUUUAAAAUUUUCCGAAUUGCUAACACUUCUUGGCGCGUUGUAUGACUCCUUGAAAGAUGAAUAUGCAAGCACUGAUCCAGCUCUUGUUGAAUUGACAAAACAAAAGAAUGAAGUCAUUGAUGUGCUGAAGAAAUUUGAAGAAUUUCAAAACGCAAUAUCGAGCCUUCAAGGUAAGAAGCAAGAUCACGCUAAGUAUCAUUCAAUUGCAUUAUCACUUUCGAAGUUAGAGAAAGAAUUCACCUCUUCCAACUUGCUCAUGGCGAUACGUAAAUUCAAAAAAAACGAAUUAGAGGAUGCCUUGCAUUAUUUCCAGAAAGCGAAAGAUGAAGAAACCUCAUUGAUGCGUGAGUGUAUUGAUUUUUGGAUUGCUAGAUGCUUGAGCUGUUUGGGUGAAAGUGAGGAAGCUCUCGACAUGUUUACAAAAAUUCAUCACAUUUUUAGAAAGACAUUUGGUGGCAGCCAUUGUUUUCUUUUGCUUUGUGAAAUGGCGGAGGUGUUUUGUAUUAUGCAGCAAGGCGAUUAUGUGAAUGCGUGUAAUAUCAGUGAAAUGAAUCUGCCUUGUUUUGAAGAGGAUUAUGGGUACGAACAUCCAGUUGUGUUGCACAGUAGAAUGCUACAAGAUUAUGUGCGAAACAUGAAAGUGUUGAUUGGUUACGAUUCGAGUGUCUUUUCUCAAUCGUUAAUUCCAGAGUUCGAAAAAAUGAUCGAACAUUUCAAAAAAUUUCGAAAGUCCUGUCCAGAAUUAAAAAGGAUUGUUGCGAAUUUGGAGGAGAUGAUUAUAAAGUGGACAGCGUUUGAAGAAUAAUUCGUUUUCGCCAUAACAGAUGCGUAUAUAUUCGUCCGUCCUGCUAUCAACCAAGAUAUUUUGAAGAUACAAAUUUUUAUUUAUGGUUUUUACUUUGUAGAUCUUUCCAGUAUACACACGUUUUUGUUAAAAGCAGCUCCACUUUUCAUUUCAACCUUAGUUGUGAUUUUAGCCUCGAAGUUGCUACGCAUAAUAUUUAAAUGUUACAAGAUUUCAGCUUGACACGUUGUUUUUUCAUUUCAAUGCUAUCAUUUAUUGGGAACCAAACUAAUAUACAGACUGCUUGUCAAGUCUCGGUUGCUCAAUUCUAAAUUUUUGUUAGUCUGGCUAGUUAUUUAACAGUGGCCUAAAUUUCGAGCCUGUCAUGUUAUAAAAGUCCUUAAAUCCAUAUGUAUUGAUCUUUAUGUCACUAAUUUUUUUGUCAUGAAUUUUUUUCAGAGGGCGUGUUUUAUUUUUUUUACCUUUUAAUAGUGAUAAUUUUUAUAUGUGAUUAUAAAGUAUUAUACAUUAAUUUUUUUAAUGCUGAUUUUUUAUUAAUGUCCUUGCAUUUCCCCUUAUGUUUUUUGAGAUUUAUUUAUAAAUGUGCUCUUACAUUUCGACAAACAAAAUUACAGACAGUAUAUGUAUUUUAACACUGGCGUUAAUUGUG